GUCUGGCAAAAUUUGACAGGCAGCACUUUACGUUCACGAAUGUGUCCUCUUCCUCGUGUCGGCGAGCGCGAAUAGGAUAUUUAUAUCGAUAUGUUUGUCACACGGACGCUUUUUCCCUUACAGAAUUCAGCGUUAAUUCUAACGCAAAAAGCACUUCGGAUUCAUGGAGUUCUUACAAGCACUGCCAGAUUGCUACCAAGAGUUUCUGCGAUGCAUCUACUAGGACCUAAAAAUAUUCAUACAUCUGUACAUUGCAUGUCUACAAUUGAAGUUAUACGACCGGUUGGAAUUAUAGAAAGAACACUCAAGAAAAUUGGUCUCUUAGACGUCCAGAAAUAUAGAUAUAUGGCACUUGGCCAACGAGUAUAUGAAACAGUAAUGGCUCAAAUAGAUUACCCCUUUUUCUACAAAUAUUUUAACAUGCCAGAUACAUUUUUCUCUUGGUUUCUGGUGACAGAACUUCAUGUAUGGAUGAUAAUGGUUCGCUACAUGGCUGAAGGCAAUGUUGGCAAAAUAGUCAGAAAUAGUGUAGUAACUAUACUAUGGGAAGAUACAAAUGCCAGAGUAGAAAAUUUAGGUACAAUCACUGAAAAAACUAAGAAUAAGCAAAUAAAAGAAUUAUCAGAACAAUUCAACGCUGCUUUAAUAGGAUAUGAUGAAGGCAUACAAUCUGAUGAUAAAGUAUUAGCAGGAGCAUUAUGGAGGAGAUUCUUUUGUUUGGAAUGUAAUAAUCCAGAACAUGUUGAAACCCUUGUUAUUUAUGUUAGAAAACAGAUCUGUUUAUUUGAUAAGUUACCAACUCAUGAAAUUUUAAAAAUACCCAUUUUUAAAUUAAUAGACAUAAAAGAUGUAUGCAAGCAUCACUAUUAAUUAUUUUUCAAAAUGUUAAUACAGAUUUUUAUAAAUAGCAGAU